UAAUACUUUAUAAUUAAAUUACUGACAACCCUAUAACUCGUUAGUAUGUGGAAGUGCCGAAAGUGUGUGUGAUGGCGUGGGAAUAGUUGAAGGUUAUAUUUUUGGAAAUGGCUCAAGAAGUUGAAAGAGUACCUGAGAAUAUCGACUUCCCAAAGGAAGAAGAAAACAUUUUAGAAUUUUGGAAAAAAAUUGAUGCAUUUAAAAGCUGUCUUGCCCAAUCCAAGAACAAGCCUAGGUUCUCAUUUUAUGAUGGGCCACCGUUUGCAACUGGAUUACCACAUUAUGGCCACAUUCUCGCAGGCACAAUCAAGGAUGUGGUUACACGAUACGCCCAUCAACAGGGUUAUUAUGUGGAAAGACGAUUUGGAUGGGAUUGCCAUGGCUUGCCGGUUGAAUUCGAAAUAGACAAAAUGCUAGGCAUUAAAGGACCUGAAGAUGUCGCGAAACUAGGCAUUGAUAAAUACAAUCUCGAAUGCCGAAAAAUUGUAAUGAAAUAUGCAGAUGAAUGGGAAACCAUUAUCACGCGGAUGGGUCGCUGGAUUGAUUUCAAGAAUGACUACAAAACACUUUACCCAUGGUUUAUGGAGUCAAUUUGGUGGGUUUUUAAACAACUAUAUAAUAAGGGGUUAGUGUAUGAAGGAGUAAAAGUGAUGCCCUAUUCCACAGCAUGUUCCACACCUUUGUCAAAUUUUGAAUCAGGUCAAAAUUACAAAGAAGUCGUGGACCCGGCGGUUGUUGUUUCAUUCCCAACGGAAGAUGGUUACUCAUUACUUGCAUGGACCACCACACCGUGGACUCUCCCUAGUAACUUAGCUCUUUGUGUCAAUCCUAAAUUGAUUUAUUUGAAAGUUCAGGAAAAAAAUACCGGCACUUGCUAUGUCCUUCAAGAAUCUCGAUUUCCAGUUAUUUUCAAAAACGUUGAAGACUUUGAUAUCCUGGAAAAGUUUCCUGGCGAAAAGUUAAAGGGUACGAAAUACACCCCUAUGUUUGACUAUUUUGUCGGAAGGUGCGCUAAUGCCUAUCAAGUUUUAGUGGAUGGGUACGUAACUGACGACUCUGGUACAGGCGUGGUGCACCAAGCGCCAUAUUUUGGUGAAGAUGACUUUAGGGUUUGUCUGGCUGCUGGGAUCAUCACGAAAGACCAAGAAAUAAUUUGUCCCGUAGACUCAAGCGGUAGGUUUCAAGAACCAGUAAAAGACUUUUUAGGACAGUAUGUAAAAGAUGCAGACAAAAAUAUUAUUGCUAAUUUAAAAGCGCGGAACCGAUUGAUUCAAGUUGGGCAGGUAAAACAUAGUUAUCCAUUUUGUUGGAGAUCAGAAACGCCCCUUAUUUAUAAAGCGGUGCCAUCUUGGUUCGUAAGAGUAGAACAAAUGAACCAAGACCUUUUAAAGUCUACUGAGGCCACAUACUGGGUACCGGAAUAUGUCAAGGAAAAGAGAUUUGGAAACUGGCUCAAAGAAGCUCGCGACUGGGCUGUUAGCCGGAAUAGGUAUUGGGGUACUCCUAUCCCAUUGUGGAUUUCUGAAGACAAGGAGGAAGUGGUUUGUAUCGGUAGUAUUGCAGAGCUACAAGCUUUAACUGGCCAAGAAAUCACCGAUUUGCACAGGGAAAGCAUUGACCAUUUAGAAAUCCCCUCUGCUCGUCCUGGACACCCUCCUCUUAAAAGAGUUCCCGAAGUAUUUGACUGUUGGUUUGAAUCCGGUUCUAUGCCUUAUGCUCAAGUUCAUUAUCCUUUCGAAAACAAAAAGGAAUUUGAUGAUAUUUUCCCGGCCAACUUCAUUGCAGAAGGUAUCGAUCAGACUAGAGGCUGGUUUUAUACAUUGAUGGUACUAUCGACCGCUCUAUUCAAGAAACCGCCAUUCAAAAACCUUAUUGCAAAUGGUUUAAUUUUAGCGGCUGACGGUCAAAAAAUGUCUAAAAGAAAGAAGAAUUACCCGGACCCUCUUGAUGUAGUCCAUAAAUACGGGGCGGAUGCGCUUAGGCUAUAUCUCGUCAAUUCACCAGUUGUGAAAGCCGAGAACCUGCGAUUUAAAGAAGAAGGAGUAAGAGAUGUUAUCAAGGAUGUUUUCCUACCUUGGUUCAAUGCUUUUAGAUUCCUAAUGCAAAAUGUUGAAAGACUAGUCAAAGAAGAACAAAUUCCCUACAAAUAUAAUGAAAAGGCGGUACGAGAAAACGUUAUGGAUAAAUGGAUAACCUCUUUCACGCAAUCUUUAAUCCAGUUUGUAAAGAAAGAAAUGGCAGCAUACAGAUUGUACACCGUCGUUCCGAGACUCACCAAGUUCAUUGACCAUCUUACGAAUUGGUAUGUCAGAAUGAACAGAAAACGACUGAAGGGUGACGGUGGCGUGAAGGAUUGCCAAGUAGCUUUAGAUACGUUAUUUGGUGUAUUAUUCGAUAUGAUACGCGUAAUGGCGCCAUUUACUCCGUUCCUUACCGAGUUGAUGUACAAAACAUUGCGUCAAUUGUUGCCGGGAGAGUCACCUCAAAGCGUCCAUUUUAAUAUGAUUUCAGAACCGAAAGCUGAAUUAGUCGACACUGACAUAGAGAGAGCUGUACAAAGAAUGCAAACAGUAAUUGAACUUGGAAGAGUUUUGAGAGACAUAAAAACUAUCCCCAUCAAAUACCCGUUACCAGAAAUGGUUAUUAUUCACCGUGAUCCCGCAUACCUAAGUGACGUCCAGUCUUUAGAAAAAUACGUUUUAGAAGAAAUGAAUAUUAAGAAAUUGGAACUAACCAGCGACAAGGAAAAAUAUGGUAUCAAACUAAGAGCUGAACCAGACCACAAGCUACUUGGAGCUCGCCUAAAGGGCGACUUCAAAGCUGUAACACAGGCUUUGAAGGCGCUUAACAAUGAACAAUGUGAAAAGGUUAUUACCGAUGGAUAUGUUGAGUUAGUGGGCCACCGUAUUGAUGUUGCUGAGAUAAGGCUGAUCUUCCAGGCUCAAGGCAACGAUCAAUAUGAAGCGCACAGUGACAACGACGUAUUAAUUUUACUAAACGUGACACCAGAUCAGGAAAUGUUAGAUGAAGGUUUCUCACGCGAAAUAAUAAAUAGAUUACAAAAACUCAGAAAGAAGGCCCAUUUAGUACCCAUUGAUGAAGUCAACGUUUACUUCGGUGUUGACCAAAACAGUGACAUCAUUCGCAUAAUAAACAUUCAUCGCGAGUUUAUAGAAACCACAGUAAAGGCACCUCUGUAUCCAUACGAGCAACUACAAACACCUGAAAACAUAAUAAUAGCAGAGACUCAGGAACUAAAAGGUUCUUCAUUAAAAUUAGCAAUAACAUGGAGGAAAAAUACGAAAGUGCCAGCUAAACCGUGGGCAAAUAUUAUUCUGCAAGGCAUAAAUCCACGAUUUGGAGUUACGACUAAUGAGGCGAGCAUUGUAUUACAAGAUAAGAACGAUAAAUUGAUAAGCCUCAAAGGGCUGUAUGAAGAAGUCACUGUUCUGUUUGGUCUCUAUGGUAUGAAAUAUACUUUAUGGGACAAUGGUGUCGAAUUGAAGGAUACUGAAAAUUUGAACACUAAAACUAUUGUAGCUUCAUUAUCGACGCCAAAAGAGUACGUGUCGCCAACAAGACCAUUCUGCAAGUUCGUAAACGUCAGUAGUAGUAACAAAACCGCCACCGUAUUUAAGGAGAAUCCUGUAGGAAAACCAACUUUGAAUACCAAUAGUGCAGUCAAAUUCGCUUCGGAUUACCUAGGCGUCGCUGAAACUGAAAUAGAUAAACAAUUAUUUCAGUAAUAUGUUCUCGAAGUUAGCUUAUAAUUUAUUCAAGUAUUUAUUACCUACUUACUCUAUGGCAUAACCGACCUGGCGCUAAAUAGCGCAAAUCACAAUGGCAGAACAGUUAAUGCAAAAUUGUUUCAAAUCUUAGGUUAAUAAACAUAGCGCUCGUACUUCACUGACAUCAUUGUGGCACUAACCAAAGCUCAAUACUAUGUAUGAAAAAAAAAAAACAACAUAAAACACCAACGCUAUGUACAGUUAUUAAUUUUAUUAAAAUUGUUUUGUAUAGAAAUUGUUUUUUUAUGUUUAUUAUUAGCAAGCUGGUAAUAGGCAGCCAAAGAAUCGUAAUUUUGUUACGUUGGUUCGUCAAUUUGUAUCGACCAAUGAUCUGAUAGUUCGGCGGUUGGCCACAUACCCUAUAAAGGUCUAUCUAUCUACCUUAUCUAUGAAACUCAUGUUUAACGAAGUACAACUUUUAACUAUUUCUACAUUCAUACUGACGAAAA